AUGCAUCCGUCAGCAGCAUUGCUCCUGUCAGCCGUGGCCGUGGCCGUCCUGGCUGCCCCUGCCUAUCCGGCCCUCAGCAGCAGUGCGGCCACGCCAGACGCGCUCGACACGGCCUCGGCCUACUUCAGCCUCCUGGCCGACAAGGUCCAGCAGAGCCGAUCGGCCCUUCCGGCAUGCGAUCUGACCGCGGCCCAGCUGCCGUCGAGCUCCGUCUCUCCCUCGCUGCCACCACCCUCCGACGGCCUCGUCCUCAAGCACGUUGCCAUCGGUCGCGGCACCCAGAACUACACCUGCAGCAGCGCCAACUCUACCGCUGCACCCGCUGCCGUCGGCGCUGUCGCCACCCUCUUCAACGCUUCCUGCAUCGCGGCCGCCUACCCGGACCUGCUCAACCUGCUCCCGGCUGUCGUGCUGCCCUUUAAUCUGACCGACGACGACGUCACCGCCUUCUCCGAUCGCCUCUAUCCCUCCAACCUCGACGUGUCUGGUCACCACUUCUUCACCACCGCCUCCACGCCCUUCUUCAACCUCGACGCCCCGUCCCAGCCACUCGGCCACGCCGCCUGCUCCAAAAACAAUACCCAGGCAGCUCCUUCCGACAGUAUCACCACCUCGACUGUCGCUGCCACCACUACCUCCUCCUCUGCUGUCUCUAACCGCGGCCAGCAUGGCGAGCCCGCCGUGCCCUGGCUCAAGCUGCUCGCUCACGACUCCUCCACCACCACCGGCAACCUGCGCGAGGUUUACCGCGUCCAGACCGCCGGCGGAAGCUCUCCUGCUACCUGCGCUGGCAUGCCGGCCGCCUUCCAGGUCCAGUACGCUGCCCAAUACUGGUUCUACGAGUCCGCAUGA